CACUUUGGCGAUAUUUGGCUACAAGAGAUGUCUCUCAAAAUGCCAGACUUGGCAGUCAAAAUCUUGGCGACCAUCAACUAAAAAGGUGAAGGCCAAUAGAUUUUAGAUUUUUAGAAUGACGAAUUAUUCAUGAUGUCCGAGAAACUAAGUAAUCUCCUGCAUAAAAAUUUUAUCCUCUAAAUUAGAUAUUUUUUAACUUUUAAUGGUUUUUAUUCCACUAAUGAUUUCCGAAAGUGAUGAGGAAAAGUUCUACAAAGCAAUACCAUUUCCUGCAGAAGAGCUAAAGUUUUCUUCAAGGACGAAAGAAGAAACUGGUUUCCAAUUUGAACUAAUGUUAUGUUCAGAGUUCUAUAAUGCUUCCAAUACUAAGUCUUUCAAUUUAGGUAGAUAAAUAUGUUAAGUCAUCGAAAAAAUGUUGUGUGUCUGGGUAUUGGUGCCUUCUUAGCUAUUAUUGGAAUAAUUUUCUUCCUCUGUUUUCCUGUGAUAUUUAACUUUCUUCUUAAAAAGCAAAUAGCAAUCCAAAAUGGGACUAUUGGUUACAAUGUGUGGCAGGAUAUCCCUCUUCCAAUUACUCAAAGACUAUAUUUUUUCAAUAUAACUAAUCCCGAUGGCUUUCUACGAAGAAAAGAGAAACCGAAUCUUGUUGAAGUGGGGCCGUAUGCAUUUAAGUCCAGAUGGGUGAAAGAAAACAUUACGUGGCAUGAAAAUGGAACAGUUUCUUUCAAAGAAAUUAGAAUAUUCGAGUUUCUCAGGAAUGAAUCUGUUGGUAAUCAAGAUGAUAAAAUCACCACCGUUAAUGCACCUUUAUUGCUUGCUGCCAACUUUUUAAAGGAUUAUGAUCUGCCCAUCAGACUUGCUGCAUCACUUGCGUUUAGCAUUGCAGGAGAACGUUUAAUUGUUAAGAAAUCCAUUAAACAAUUAGCAUUUGACGGGUAUAAAGACAUUAUAAUUUUACUUUCUCCUUUGCUCAAAAGUGAUAUACCUUUUAAAAAUGGAUUAUUUGCCUGGCUGUAUGGGAAAAAUGAUACAGAUGAUGGAAUUUACAAUGUUUUCACGGGAGAGGAUGAUUUACAGAAAUUGAACGUAAUAAAUAUGUGGAAUGGAAAAGAUUCUUUGACAUUUUGGAAAGGAAAAACCUGUAAUAUGUUCAAUGGAUCAAAUGCAGAAAUAGGGCCCCCACUUCAGGCUGAUCAAUCUAAAUAUUCUUUUUUCCAGUCAAUAUUCUGCAGAUCUCUUAGCUUGGAUUAUGUUGAGGACACUGAACAUAUAGGUGUGUUGUCGAAGCGAUUUGUUACUACCAACAUGACAUUUGCGAAUGGAAAAGACAAUCCUGAUAAUUCUUGUUUUGACACAAAAAUGAAAUUAGCAAGUGGUGCUCAAGACAUUAGUAGUUGUCAAUAUGGGGCUCCAGUGGUUCUUUCUUUUCCUCAUUUUUAUUUGGGUGAUGAUUCUUACACUAAAGCAGUCAUUGGAAUGCACCCUAACUCAACACUCCAUAAUUUCCAUAUUGAUAUAGAGCCAAACACUGGAUUUAGUAUUGAUGCUGCAAUAAGAUUCCAAAUUAAUUUAAAAAUUCAGAAAAUCACAGGAAUAGCUCAAGUUUCAAACGUUCCUGAUGUUCUCUUUCCAGUGUUUUGGGCUGAACUGAGAAUCGAAUUAACUGAAAACCUAGCUGGUUUGUUUCAUACAAAAAUAAAUCUUCCCAAAACUAUAGCAUUCUCUUUAAUAUUUGGAAUGAUCGGCUUAGGAUGCUUUAUUUGGAUUUGUGCCAUGAUAGUCAUGUGUUGGAUGCGAAGUAACAAAGAAAAGGUGUUGGUUUCAUUGGGACUGAAAUCACUCUUCUCUGUGAUUCGCUGCUGUUGCCGAAUGGAGCUCAAAUUCAUUGAAUAUCUCACAUUUGGAUUUCUUGCCAACCAAUCAGAGAACAAAACAAAGUAACCUCUAGUAUACAACUAUCAUUGUUGAGGUUCCUGCAUCUCCAACUGAAAGAACUCCACUACUGUGAAAUUUUAAUAUUUGCAUUUAAUUUACAAACUGUUCAACAAUUGCUUUUAUCAUCUUCCUGACAAUUAUUCUAAUAUUGAAUUCAUUUGUAAAAUAAAAAGUCAUACAAUCCUCAUUUUAUACAAUGUGUAAAUUUUAUUUGUUAAUAAAAGACACAUAUCUUGUGUUCUUUAAAA